AUGAAGGAUAUCCGUUUCUGGUUCGCCUACCAAAUCAUCGCCGGCUUCGGCUCCGCUCCGGCAUACUCGACGAUUAUUACAUCGCUGCUAGAUGUCUCUUUCAUUCACCAAAGGGGUAGCGCCCUAGGCUUUUUUGCUUUGGUGCUCAUAUCUGGCAACUUUCUCCCACCCAUCGCUGCUGGAUACAUUGUGGACAAUCAAGGCUGGCAGUGGUGCUUCUACUACCUCUUAAUCUUCUUUGGGCUUUCUUGCCUCCUUUUACUGUUCACCGCCGAGGAGACUGGGUUUGCUAGGGCCACCCAUAAAGCGCGAUCAGCGAUCAACGGAAUCGCCAUACUACAAAACCAUGAUUCUAGCACCAAAGCCGACCGAGAUGUAACUAAGGAAAACACGGCUGGUUCGGCUGUGAUAGAGCCUGUCGCGUCGCGGGCAGAGCGCUCCGCCUAUGAAGACGCGGAGAAACUCUCUUACUAUCAAAAGAUGGGACUUUACAGAGAGAACCCUGACAUCAAAACUGGAUAUUGGCGAUUGACCUUUUCAGUUUUCAAGAUGGCUCUGCUUCCAGCAGCUAUCUGGAUGACUAUCCUGUUCAGUAUUGCGUCGUUUGUCGUCGGUGUGAUUCUGGGGACACUUUCUUCCUUCUUUGCAGAACCACCCUACAACUUCUCUCCCUCGGCCAUGGGGCUGAUGUUUUUAGCAUUACUAAUAGGGGCUGUUAUCGGUUCUUGUUGGGGAGGCCCAUUCACUGACUGGCUUCUCCUGCGCCUGGCUAGGCGGAAUGGGGGGUUGUAUGAGCCUGAGCAUCGUCUCUAUGCUUACACAAUCGUGCCAUUCUUGGGAGCCGGUGGAAUAUUAUUGUAUGGAAUCGGUGCUGAUCAAGGCCUUCACUGGACGAUCCCCUGUCUUGGACUCCUGCUUGUAGGCAUUUAUCUGGAUGCGUCUACGCCGAUCGCCAUGGGUUACGCUCUGGACAGUUAUUCAGGCCUGGAGGACGAAAUACUGCAACUGGCCAACGUUCUUCGAAACGUGCUGGGCGGCGCAUUCAGCUUUGGCCUUCAGCCCUGGAUCAACCACAGUGGUCGAAGGAACACCACAAUCUGUAUAGCUGUCAUGGUCUUUACAUUCAACAUCACGUCAAUCGGCUUCCAGCUCUGGGGCAAGCGGAUCAGGUCGAUGAUGGCACCGACAUACUAUAAGCUCAACGAUAGUAUUCAUAAAUGA